AUGGAGGCCAUUACAACAGCGGCACCUCCUUCCAACAAUGCUGAGCGGACUGACUUGGGCGUUUUACCCCGUAUAGAAGCCGAGGUUCCGAGCUCUCUGACAGACAAGGAUCUUUGGGAGGAUGUCACUGCGACUUUUCGAGAAGCGAGGGACAAAAUGGAGCCUGGAGAAAUGAUUCAUCAUCCGUCGUUCAGUUUGCAUGCUGCAAUGUCAGCUAUUGAACUAAUGGAUCCGAAAAUGGACGUUGGAUUCGGGGAAUCGACAAACGUCUCAGACGUGCGUUUACCAGCAGAGCUAUCUGAUUCGCAAGUCAUCACGAUUAUGGAUCAGCUUCUUGUUUGUCUGAUGAGUUGGAUGGAUGGCCACAACCUUCCUCAGACCGUUUUUUCAUGCGUUUAUUCUCAACGUAUGCGUGAAAUACCACGAUUCGAAUUGUUUGCGUUCAUGCAUGUGCUUUUUGCUGUAAUGGACACCACUAUAAAUCUUGUCCUUGACGAGAAAGUUGCGGAUGAAGAGGACUUCAUGGCGUCGACUUACGGCUUCACCUUACAGCCCCUGAGUUCGGACACGAAUGAGAAUGAUGGGUUGGUUCUUCAGAGGAUCAUGAAUGCAGUGGAGGAUAAUGUUCGCAGUGCCGAUAUAUCCCAACGUGGUCUUGCGGAAGCUAUAGCGACACGAGUCCGCUUUCUUGUUGAGUUCUACCGCACAAUGCAAUGCCUCUCGGGGUUCUCAACUGAACAUGCGAUAUCAGACGCGAUCCCUUUGCUUGCUAAUCUGAACCAAUUGGCAGACGAAUGGAUAUCUUUCACGCAAAAGCACAACGAGGACGCCACCUUGUUGAAAACAAUGUUUGACUCGUCUAUAAACCGACACCUGAUGACAUCCUCGCCCCCACGGACGGCUCCUUUGUUCAAUUUCGAUUCAGCUUCCGUCUACCUCAAACGCCUCUUGCAUGAGCUUACCGAGUCUCUACAGCUGGAAAGACUUAUGUUGCCAGCGCUGGUGGCUGGAACAAACCCCCAGUAUUCAUCCCAGAGGCAUUCAUUGCACGUCGCUCUUCAUAGCAUUUCGUGCUAUUCGGCGAAAUUCAAUCCCUCCAUUCUUGUUAGAUCCGUGUUGUCGAGAAUUAUGCUACCAUCGUAUUCCUCUGCGCUAUUUGGUCGUGAUGAUGCUGAAAUGAAACAACUCUUUUCUACUGAUAUUGGACUCUCCGGUGACCCUUCAUCACACUCCAAAUUGACGGCGUUGGCUGCAGUUUCCGAGGGAGUUUCAAAUACCUUCAAAUGCUUUUGCCACAACAUUACCCGACAGAGGCGCUUAUUGCUGCGUAUCUCACGAUGGUGGGAUCAUUAUGUUUGCUUGACUGCGCUGUCCAAGGGAAGGUCUGAAGUUGAAUCGGAGGGACAAGAAUCUCAGAAGGAUGGGGGAAGCAAUGGUUCUUUACAAGAGGCCAAGACUGCAGCCGAACAUGAACAAAGGAAAAAUCUCAAGGCGAGUGGGUAUCGAAGCAUAGUGGGUAACUUAUUUUCGGACAUGACCCCAGUUCAGGUCGUUGCUUAUGAGGUCACGGCCCGUUUGAUGAUUCAACAUUGGUUGCUUGGCUUCGAGUGUGAGUUAUAUCAAGACUAUGAGUAUGGAGCAGUGUUCUUCUACGUUGCCUACGCUUUAUCAAGCCUAACCAAUGCCACAACGUCACUGGGAGAAAAUGGCAAGGAAGGUUUAUCACUGCAUCCUCCGCGAUUUGCACUGUACCAAAUGGAUGAAGCUCGUCUCUGGAUGUGCCGGGCACUACACUCGGCACUAUUGGCUAUAUCUCGCGGAAAUAAGUGGGACUAUUCUUGUCGUCGACAAGAUUCAUCCACAGAGGCGGCUCGCGAGAUGUUUGGAACUGAAGAACUUUGGUACGAGCAACGGUUUGGGGUCGCAGCCGCACUCGUGAAUGGACCCGCACACGCCGAUUACUCUUCCUUCAUUUCCUUUAAAAAAAGUCAUGAGGAAUCGCUACGAGCCAAUGCUAAAGAAACAGACAUUGUUCCGCUUCUACUCAAAGAUGCUGCGAAGGGGUUUUUGAUGGCGCGCAGAAUACUUGAGACGGCCAAGAAGUUUGCCGAGAUAUGUUCAUCCAAUUUUGUCCUGGAGGAGAUCCUCCAAAUAGCACGCGUCGCAGUGGAAAAUUCACUCGCCUUGGCUCAACUCAUCCGAAACUACAUUCCGUACGUAGCUGAACAGGGCAAGCCAUUGCAGAGCAAGCAGCAUGUUAGUUUUAAUUUCACUAGGCAUCGUCAUUUCCCGGUUAUCCAAAUCACACCAAGUGAACCGCACCGAUGA